AUGCCAGUGGUGAGACAGUAUGGUGCAUCAGUUCGAGAACGAGUGGCAGCCAUUGAGAAACGGGACCUGGUAGUUGUGGGAAAAUCGAUUGAAAAUAGUGUGAUACGAGCAAAAUAUGAGCCAGAUGUCAGGGGUAUCAAUCGUUUCGACACUUUCAUACGGUCUCGAAAGAAAAAAAAGAACGUCUCACUACCACAACUGAAUCACAGCCCAAAACCAUCAAAAUCUAAACAAAAAGAUGCGGCAGCUCAAAGUAUUGCUUUUAUGGAGGAGAGGGCAAGGUUGAAAACGUCAUCAGAAUCCGAUAGUUCUAUGCAAUCGAAUUAUUCUGGAAUCCGGUUGAAUGACGCUUUAGCUGUACAACAUAAAGCAUUGAGCCCGAAACGAACUUUCGCCUCGCUUGAUUCACGUCAAAACGGAGUGAUAAUAAAUCGACCGCUGAAAAAUUCAUUAGAAGUGGCUCUCCCUCCAAGGUCAAAGUCUGCGCAAGACAUCGAGGGCAGAGCUGAGUCGAAACCAGAAUUAUCUCCACUUUCAACUGACAGUGUUUUUGUAUUGGCUACAUCGAGAUUGUCUAAUGAUAUGGCGACCCAAACAAGCAAGAAGCAUGUUUCGACAGCAAGUGUUGAAUUCCUCAAUGUUUCUAAUUGUGUGAGAUCCACACAAACCGACUCAACACCCAUUGUGAUAAACUCCAGGAGGAAGAGUGAAGCACCACCAAGUCUGAAAGAUAUAGAAGAACGCGAAGCUCUUCUCGAAGUUAUCGAAGACGCGCUUGGUGAGACGUUCGACCGCUAUUCACGUGUUCGAACCAACCAGAUAAUUGCGAACAGCGCUCGAAAACAAGCGCAAAUCUGGCGCGACGUCAAGGAUUUUCUCGGAUGUAAUUUGUUCCCGUCUGCAAUUCAGCUGGCAAACAAGAGCACCACCAAGAGCCAAAAUAUUGUGGAGAUUGUGACAAGCAUCAAGACGUAUCCAUAA